AUGCUGUAUCGCGGUCUUCGCAUGGCGGCGCGUGCCGCUCCUAAGUUCGCUGUCCUCAACACCCACGCAGCCCUACGCCAGCUCCCCCUGCAGUUCCAGCAUGUCCGGACCUAUGCCGACAAGAUCAUCAAGGUGCCUCAGAUGGCCGAGUCGAUCACCGAGGGCACGUUGAAACAGUGGAACAAGGCCGUUGGUGACUACGUUGAGGCGGACGAGGAGAUUGCGACCAUUGAGACCGACAAGAUCGACGUUGCUGUCAAUGCCCCCGAAGCUGGUGUUAUCAAGGAAUUCUUUGUGAAUGAGGAGGACACCGUUCUCGUCGGCCAAGACCUUGUGCGCCUGGAGGUCGGUGGCGAAAAGCCGGCUGAGGCAGCCAAGGAGCAGCCCAAGGCUGCGGCCCCGGAGCCGAAGGUUGAAGAGAAGAAGGUUCCGGAGGCCCCGGCUCCUGAACCUUCCAAGACUGCUGCUCCGGCUCCUGCUCCGCCAAAGCAGGAGGCUCCCGCCUCUCCCAAGCCGGCCAGCAAGCCUGCUGAGACUCCCGCGGUUACCCUCGGCAACCGUGAGGAGCGGAGGGUCAAGAUGAACCGAAUGCGUCUCCGCAUUGCCGAGCGUCUCAAGCAAUCGCAGAACACCGCCGCGUCGCUGACGACCUUCAACGAGGUCGACAUGUCGGCUCUGAUCGAGUUCCGCAACAAGUAUAAGGAUGAGGUCCUCAAGAAGACAGGAGUUAAGCUUGGCUUCAUGAGCGCCUUCUCCCGUGCCGUCGUCCUCGCCAUUCGUGACCUUCCUGUCGUCAACGCUUCGAUUGAGGGUCCCAACGGUGGUGAUACUAUCGUCUACAGGGACUAUGUUGAUAUUAGCGUUGCCGUCGCGACCGAGAAGGGUCUUGUCACUCCUGUUGUGCGCAACGCUGAGACCAUGGACUUGAUCACUAUCGAGAAGACUAUUGCCGAACUGGGAAAGAAGGCCCGUGACGGCAAGCUCACCAUUGAGGAUAUGGCCGGCGGCACCUUCACGAUUAGCAACGGUGGCGUCUUCGGGUCCCUUAUGGGCACCCCUAUCAUUAACCUCCCCCAGUCUGCUGUGCUCGGCCUGCACGCUAUUAAGGAGCGUCCCGUCGCCGUCAAUGGCAAGGUGGAAAUCCGUCCUAUGAUGUACCUUGCGCUUACAUAUGACCACCGCCUGCUGGACGGCAGGGAGGCCGUGCAAUUCCUGGUCAAGGUCAAGGAGUACAUUGAGGAUCCCAGGAAGAUGCUUCUUUAA